CCUGAACCGGAAAAGGUGGAUGCUCACCAAAUGUAAAACUCGGCUUUUUUAUGUUUUUAAAGAUAAAAUAAUUGUAUUUUCUUCAACAACAACAAAAAAGGGGCAAAACCACGUUCCAGUGGCAGACUGCAGCGCUUCUUCCCCGAGACAGAGGGACUGAAGAGCGGGCUUUCAUGAAGUCGAGCCAAAAGAGGAAGUGAGAAGGCGGAAGUGAGCACGUUGAACAAACUUGAUAACUUCUAGCUGACUGGCUGAUAUACCACACACCGACAUUACGUUAGCAACAUGAGUUAUGUUGUAAUUUCACACACAUUUGUCAGAAUAAUCGAGCUCUUUGACGAUCAUUAGUCGUCAGUAUCGCUACUCGACCCGCGGUGGACUUCCAGCGGCUGCUGCACUUGCUCCACCGACCCGAAACCAUCCAUCUUUACAAACUAGUGCUCGAGCGCAGGGCAGUGAACGCGGGAAAAGGACUGCUUAGUUUUUUUUUUUUUUUUUUUUAAGCUGACUGUUGGAGUCUUCACACUACUCCUGUCGGGGGGUAAAAGUUGUGCAGACUGUUGUUGGAGGAGCCAAGAGGCCUACGGUGAAGGAGUGCUGCAUGUGUGUUUGAGGAUUGCCGCCAGUAGAAGAACAUGUCGGCCCAGGCACAGAUGCGAGCGAUGCUGGACCAACUCAUGGGGACGGGGAGAGACGGAGACACCAUGCGGCAGAGAAUCAAAUUUACAGACGAGCGAGUCUGUAAAAGCCAUCUUCUGAAUUCAUGUCCUCAUGACAUUCUGUCAGGAACUAGAAUGGACCUGGGAGAGUGCGCCAAAGUCCAUGACUUGGCCCUGAGGGCAGAUUACGAGAUCGCAUCCAAGGAGCAAGAGUACUUUUUUGAACUUGAUGCUACAGAGCACCUUCAGUCUUUCAUCGCUGACUGCGACCGCAGAACUGAGCUGGCCAAGAAGAGACUAGCCGAGACGCAGGAUGAGAUCAGCGCCGAGGUGGCUGCGAAGGCUGAGCGAGUCCAUGAGUUGAACGAGGAGAUUGGUAAGCUGCUGGCCAAAGCGGAGCAGCUGGGCGGUGAAGGGAACGUGGACGAAGCGCAGCAGAUACUGGAGAAGGUGGAAAAGACUCGAGCUUUGAAGAAGGAAGCAGAGGACGUGUACAGAAACUCCAUGCCGGCUUCCAGCUUUCAGCAGCAAAAACUCAGAGUGUGCGAGGUGUGCUCCGCCUACUUGGGUCUCCACGACAACGAUCGUCGUCUAGCCGACCACUUUGGGGGCAAACUGCACAUCGGUUUCAUUGAAAUCCGCGAGAAGCUCGACAAGCUAAGGAAAGCAGUUUCAGAGAAACAAGAGAGAAUGCGCAUACGGAGGAGAGAGGAGCGAGAAAGAGAAGAAGAAAGAGAGCGGCAGUGGGAGGUGGAGCGCGAACGGGAGCGAGAGCGGGAGCGACAGCGAGAAUGGGAUCGAGAAAAAGAGCGGGACAGGAGGAGGUCAAGAUCUAGAAGCGGAGAUCGAUACAGGGAUGGCGGGAGCUCAUCGUCCCAGCGUUCCAGACGCCACCACUCAUCCCGCUCCAGGGAGGACGGAUCCGAUCGGGACAGAGACCGAGAUCGUAAACAUCGACACAAGGACAGGCACCGCUCGCGCUCACAUUCUCACAGACACAAAAGAAAGAGGUCUUCCAGAGACAGAUCAAGUCACACCCGCGACAAAGAACCAUCACCGUCCCAGGAGAGACCUAGAGAUGGCGCGGCAGAGGGGUGGCGUGAAAACAAAGUGGAGCAUGGAGCCUGGGAGGAGAGGGGGAGGUCCACCUCUCCUGACAUGUCCAGAGGCAGGGAGAGGGAGAGAUCCCUGUCGUACGAGCGGGACCGGCGCUCCAGCUCCGAGGAGCGCGAGUCGGGAGAGAUAUGAAUGUUACAUGGAGGAUUUGAGUGAUAUUCAUUUAAAAAAAGGAGCAUGUGAAGGUGUUUGAUUGGGUUUGGCUGUCAACUCUGUAUGCAUUUUCAUAUUGGGAAGUGUGUAUUUGGAUGGUGGGGCUGAGGUACUGCCUACAGUGGUGAUGAUCUAAGAAAAAUGUUAAAAACUACUUUUCAAAGAUGCGAGAGGCAAGACUGACACGGGGAAGGUAUAGUUUCCAUUUUUUAUGUCAACUUUUCAACCUUAUGUACAGUUUACAGAGUGAUGACGUAAAAUAACACAGACAAAAAAAA